AUGACCGACCACAAGGUCGCUCAGAGACCAACUGUUAAAGAUACAGUCAUCAAAAAUGUCGACAUGGACGAAAAUAUGCAAAAAUACGCCCUAGAGGUAGCAGAACACGCCCUCAGCAAGUUCGACGUAGAAAAGGAUAUCGCGGCACACAUAAAGAAGGAAUUCGAUAAAACAUACAGUCCAACAUGGCAUUGUAUAGUAGGACGAAGCUUCGGGUCAUACGUCACUCACGAAAAGGACCACUUCAUCUACUUUUACAUCGGAAACACAGCUGUACUCCUCUUCAAACACGGUUAA